CAUUUACUGUCUUUUCUCUUUCUUUUCUUUCCUUUGUUUGUUUAUCUUUAUCAUGGAAGGAUGGCAAUGGGCUUGUAUUGGUAUGGGUAUAGUAAUUGUAGUCAUCAGCAUUGUACUUUAUUGUCGAAAAGGAAACCGCAUGAAAGAUGAAGAAAAUACCUAUAGUAUAGAUGAAGGUAUUGUGGUCCCUAUACCUUCCAUAACGCCUGUUCCAAAAGAGACCAUAGACCACAAACCAUUCGCUACAGCCCUUUCUCCUCCUCGGCCAAUGCAAUACCAAAUCAAGAUCAAGCAACACAAUGACUAUGAUCCAACAAAAGCUAGAGGUGUGUUUAAUCUCUCCCCAGCUUAUUCUUUACCUUCCUGUACUUCUACUGCUUCCCCUCGGAAUCCAAGUCCGUUUCAGGGAUCCAUAAAAGGCAUGUGGAGAGGACCUACUCCACCUUGGACAACAAAGCAAAACAAACAAGAACAAUGACCCGAGGAAAUAUUUUGACUUAUAAAUUAGUUGUAGAAAUAAAAAUAAAAAAACCUAUUUCUUUCUUUAUGAGACAAAGACAAGAUUAUCACCAACAAGUACUUGUAGAGUACAGACGUAUGAAUCAAGUAGCAACAGAGUAUGAACGAAAGCAUGUCUAUCGCAUUGAAUAUCGAGGCAUGAAUAUUGACUAUGGAAAGGCAGUGUUGCUCUCAGAUAGAAACAUCCAAUUGUUCUCAACGGAUUUAAUGCCAAAUACUACUGGAUUUGUUCAUGGUGAUUAUGCUGCAGCAUCGUGUGCAUGUCGAGUAAGAGAUAUUGCAUGUCUAAAUUGUGGUAAUGUGGUUGGCUAUCAUGUCAAUGUACCUUGUAAAGUAUGUCUAGGCCAACCUAACAAUGGACACUACUGGAUGUUUCGAAGUUUUGAAAUCAAAGCACAGCAAAUCUUUUUACAAUUAGGCACAAAAGGAACAGGCUUACCUUUAUUAUGGGGAUUUGUUCGUGAUUCAAGUGAUUUCUCAGGUGGCUAUUUUCGAACAGGAGAUGAAGAUGCAGCUAAAUUGUCUUGCCAAUUAGCAGUUCAUUUAGCCUCUUCUGUCCCUUUGGUUGUACAUCAACCUUUUCUUCAAGAUAUUUGUGCACAAACAUUCAACCAAGACAGCCAUCCAUUUGGUAGAUGA